UUUAACCCUCUCACUUUCACAAAAGUUCUCACAAGUCUCUGUUCCGUUUUCGCAACUGCUUGCGGCACCAAUGAGUCGGCUUUUGCUGCCUAAACUUUUCUCAAUCUCUAGAACACAGGUUCCAGCUGCUACAUCAGUAUUGCAUAAUCUGUACGGACGUCACAAACGCUUUGUUCAUUGGACAAGUAAGAUGUCACAAGAUGGUGUUGGUUCUGCUUCUGGAGCUAGAACAUUUUGCUCCCUAGAAGAUUUAUUAGCCAAAAAGUGUGUGCCGUGCAAUGCGAAGGAUCUGCGCCCCAUGACCGAACAAAGUGCCCUAGACCUACUUCAAAAGGUUGCUGGAUGGGAUUUGGCCAAUGACAAUGAUACAUUAAAGCUGCAUCGGUCAUGGACAGUGAAAAGUUUUACAAAGGGGCUAGAUUUCUUCAAACGUGUAGCUGAUGUCGCUGAAUCAGAAGGUCAUCACCCAGAUUUGCAUCUGGUCGGCUGGAAUAAUGUGAAAAUCGAGAUAUGGACACAUGCUAUAGGUGGUUUGACGGAAAACGACUUCAUUCUUGCUGCUAAGAUCAACGAGCUCCAAGUGGAAGAUCUUCUGAGGAAGAAGAAAGUUGCCAAAUGAAAUGGAAUUGAGAUAUAUUCUUCAAGCUAAAGUAACAUCGUUAAAGACUAGUUCAGAGUUUGAUACGAAUAAGCACCUUCAGCUCUUUACUGGGAUGUGUUGGCCUUAAAACUUUGUGAAGCUCACACAAGCGUUCGAUCUAUGUAAGAUACUAACGAAAUGACAGAGAGAUUGAGAAAUUAAUGUUUCUUCUGGGUCUAUGGUUCUUGUAAACCUGUUUCUGGCCUUGAAAUCUCAAAACUCUAAGGCAGUGGCUUUAAGUUUGAAACAAGUAACUUUUAUUCCAGAACAAUUUAUAAUUUCAGAUAUAUCAUAAUG